GAUAUCAGUGACGUUGGGCAUAAGUACCAUCUGGAAUUGGUGUUAGAAGACGUCCUUGACAAAGACAGUACUGUUAACUGCACUGCUGAGGUUCUUUAUCAUCUGGCCAACAAAAACAUUGCUCCAGAUGUGCAAUUCACGAUUGAAGGAGAACUUAAGAACACAGACGAAGCGGAUAACAUGUUCUACAAUCGAAUCAGGAGCCUGGAAAAAGAGCUUGUGGCAGAAAAUAUACCAGACAGCCAUGGCAACGUGUCCCCAGAAAUGGAGCCCAUCCACCUGCUAGCGUGGGUUGCCUCUGGCUAUGUGAUAUGGCAGAACUCAACUGAAAACACUAAGUUCCAACUUGCCCAAAUUAAACAUGUGAAGCAAGUGAAAAGAAGUGAUGAGUAUCUUGAAUUUGACUACAUGAUUCUACUUCACGAAAUGGUGUCCCAGGAGAUCAUUCCCUGGCAAAUGACAGUUCUCUGGCACCCGCAGCAUGGUGUUCAAGUAACACAGGACAGCCGUCAGCCAAAACAUGCAUCAGAAUAA